ACCGCUUAUUCAGUUUCUUUCCAAAUAACUCGCUUUGACCCCGCCACUUCCACCGACAUACUAUAUUAUGGAGAUGCUAUGCCUAGUGAUGGAGCCAUUGAAAUGAUCAACCAAAGCAAUCCUUUAUGGCGAGUAGGUCGGGCCGUCUAUGCUAAGAGGGUGCCGCUCUGGGACUCUCAUACGAGAAAGCUCACUGAUUUUACUACACAUUUCUCCUUCAUUCUCGACACCCAAGGCAAAACCUCUUAUGCCAGUGGGCUAGCAUUCUUCUUGGCUCCUGUUGGGUUCGAAAUCCCGCUGAAUUCAACUGGUGGAUAUCUAGGCCUAUUCAACAUCUCAACCAUUGAUUCUCCUCGGAACCAAAUUGUUCUUGUUGAGUUCGACACAUACCCGAACCCUGAAUGGGAUCCUGAUCCUCCAGUUCAGCAUGUGGGGCUUAACACCAACUCAAUUAUUUCUGCAAUUUACACCCCUUGGAAUCCUAGCUUUCACAGCGGAGACACUGCUGAUGUAUGGAUCACCUACAAUGCUUCUACCAAGAAUUUGAAUGUCUCUUGGAAGUACCAAACAACCUCUAAUACUCAGGAGAAGACCAAUCUUUUUUAUAACAUUGAUCUCAUCAAAGUUCUUCCUGAGUGGGUCACAGUUGGAUUCUCUUCUGCUACAAGUUCGCAUGGAGAGCGAGUUACGAUUCAAUCAUGGGAAUUCAGUUCAAGUUUAGACAUUAAGGAAAUAAAUUCAAAAAAAAAGAGAUUAUUGGUUCCUUUAACAGUUUCAGGUGGUGUUCUGAUCAUAGCAGGGGCAAUUACAUUAAUGUUUGUAAUAUUAUUGUGGACACGGAAAGGAAAGAAGGAAACGAUAUUAAUACUAGAUACAGUGAACAUUGUAUCGACAAACGACGACUUAGAAAGAGGAGUGGGACCAAGAAGGUUCUCUUAUAACCAACUUGCUUCCGCUACCAGCAACUUCUCAAAUGAGAGGAAGUUGGGUGAAGGAGGGUUCGGCGCCGUUUACAAGGGGUAUUUAACUGAUUUAGAUAUUUCAAUCGCUGUGAAAAAAAUCUCAAGGAGGUCUAAACAGGGAAAAAAAGAAUACAUCAAUGAAGUGAAGAUCUUUAGUCGGCUGAGGCACCGAAAUCUUGUGCAACUCAUAGGAUGGUGUCAUGACAGAGGUGAGUUCCUUCUUGUUUACAUAUUUAUGCCAAAUGGUAGCCUUGAUGUUCACCUCUUUGGCAAUAGGAGCCCUCUCCCUUGGGCUGUGAGAUACAAGAUAUCUCUUGGGUUGGCUUCCGCGUUGCUCUAUCUUCACGAAGAGUGGGAGCAAUGUGUUGUGCACCGAGACAUCAAAUCGAGCAAUGUGAUGCUAGACUCUAGUUUUGUUGUCAAGCUUGGUGACUUUGGUUUAGCUCGGCUGAUGGAUCACGAACUAGGUCCUCAGACAACCGGGUUGGUUGGAACUUUGGGAUACAUAGCUCCAGAAUACAUAAGUACGGGUAGGGCUAGUAAAGAGUCGGAUGUGUAUAGUUUCGGGGUGGUUGCCUUAGAAAUUGCUACCGGAAAAAGGUCAGGUCAUCCUAUAAAAGAGGAUUUCGACAUAGGGUUGGUCGAGUGGGUUUGGAAUCUUUAUGGAAGAGGAGAUCUGCUUUUGGCUGUGGAUGAGAAGCUACAAAUGGAUUUCGACAAAAAACAGGUAGAGUGUUUGAUGAUUAUUGGACUUUGGUGUGCUCAUCCUGAUCGAAGUUUCAGGCCAUUAAUAAGGCAAGCAAUUCAAGUUCUUAAUUUUGAGGCAAAAAUGCCAAAUCUUCCUACAAAGAUGCCUGUUCCUUUGUAUCAUAUAGCAACACCAUCAAUCAGCGGUGAACCUUUGAUAACUACAAGCCUCGAAGAGGGUCGUUAA